AGCUCCCAACCACAGAAUAUGUUCGUUCUCGAUAACGGGGCGUCCACCCUGAAGGCUGGAUUCGCGACGGAUGCCCAGCCCAAAGUCAUUCCGAACUGCAUCACCAAAGCCAAGUCAGAAACUAGACGAAGGUUUAUCGGUGAUCAACUGGAAGACUGUAAGGACAUGUCCUCCCUGUAUUACAUUCUGUGUCAUGAGAAAGGUUACCUCGUGAAUUGGGAGGUUCAAAAACAGGUUUGGGACUACGUGUUCAGCAAAGAUUGCUUCAACGUAGACUUCGACUCCACCGGAAUCAUCAUGACAGAACCCUAUUUCAACUUUUGCUCAAUCCAAGAGAAUAUCACGGAGAUCUUCUUCGAAGACUACGGCGCACAAUCGCUGAGCAUCAUGAACCCGAGUUCGCUCGUGGCCUACAAAUACCUAAUCGAUAAUCCGAAAAAGCUUUGCUGUGCGGUCCUCGACUCGGGCUACUCGUUCAGUCACGUGGUACCUUACGUGAAGAAGAAACGUGUCAAAGACAACAUCCGGAGAAUAAAUAUCGGAGGCAAGGCUCUGACCAACUAUCUCAAGGACGCUCUCUCCUACAGGCAGCUGAACGUGAUGGACGAGACCUAUGUUGUCAAUCAGGUCAAAGAAGAUGUUUGCUACGUAUCGCUCGAUUUUCAUCGAGAGAUGGAAAUGGCAGCUCUGGGGAAUUCCAGGGAGAACACAAUUUGGAGGGAUUACGUUCUUCCGGAUUACACAUCGAUCAAGAGGGGUUACGUUCGACCUCCGGAACAAACGACGGGGAAGGCCACGAGUGCCGAGCAAAUCAUUAGAAUGAACGCAGAACGUUUCCAGACGCCAGAGCUGCUUUUCAACCCGUCAGACAUAGGCAUCGAGCAGAUGGGCAUCUCCGAGGCUAUGAUGCACUCAGUGAACGCCCUCCCGAAAGAAGUUCAAUCUCAUAUGUACUCGAAUAUCGUUCUAUUGGGCGGCAACGCGAUGUUCCCCAACUUCAAGGAGCGACUCGUCCAAGAUCUGCGAAUGCUCAUCCCUGAAUUUUAUGAUAUCAAUGUAACAUGCGAGAACCCUAUCAAUGCGGCUUGGGAGGGCGGCAAGGCCCUCGCGCGUUGCAAAGAAGAUCUUGACGAUAAAGCGAUCACAAAACAACUCUAUGAGGAACAAGGGAUCGCCUAUUGCGUGGAUUUCUAUAAUCUGCUCUGA